AUGAAUCCCUCCUCCCUCCUCUCCUCCUCCUCCCUCUCACUGACCCCUCACCGCCGAGCCACCAACCCUGCGCUCUACAACAAAUGCCCGGAGGCAGUGUGGCCGGGUAUCCAGCCACAGCGGCCGGCGAAAGCCGCAAUCGUCGCCACGCGAGGGUUCCGGCCUGCUCCCGGACCAGGCAGCUCGCUCCGGCUGCCCGAAGGGUGGUCGGGUCGGGUGUGGGGCCCAGGGUGCAAGUUCGAUCGGCCCGGGCGGGUGAACGCGUGCGACACCGGCGACUGCGGGGGGCCCCUGUACUGCAACGGCGUCGGGGGGACCCCACCGGCGACCCUGGCCGAGAUCACUGCUGGGCAGGGCCCGAACCAGCAGGACUUCUACGACGUCAGCCUCGUUGAUGGGUACAACAUCGGGAUGUCGAUGAGGCCUUUCAGAGGGAAGGGCAACUGCGGCAAAGCCGGGUGCGUCAGCGACCUGAACAGGUUUUGCCCGGCGGGGCUGGCCGUCAGGGACGGAGGAAAACGGGUGGUGGCGUGCAAGAGCGCGUGCUCGGCGUUUGGAUCGCCGAGGUACUGCUGCACCGGGAGCUUCGGCAGCCCGCAGCAGUGCAAGCCCACCGCCUACUCCAAGAUCUUCAAGUCUGCGUGCCCCAAAGCGUAUUCGUACGCGUACGACGAUCCUACAAGUAUUCUUACCUGUAGCGGGGCGAGCUAUCUCAUCACUUUCUGCCCUCAUCACUGAUUAAUGAUAUUUGGUUGGGUGUUAUUAGCUAGUGAACCAUGUGUCAGUUUGAUCAGGGUGCUAGUCGCUGAUACUUGAGAUCUAUAGCCAGAAGCAGAGGAGUAUUUUAUAAGCAGUUUGAGUUUGUUUUUCUCUCUCUUAGUGGACAUUUAUAUUAAGAUCGAAUUUGUUUAUGUGCGCACGAUCUGCAUGCGUCUGAUCUAUCUGAUGUUUCUUUGUGCUUU